CCAGUAUCGCGACCUUAUAACGACGACCCCCGGGUUCUUGCGCGCACUGCCUUGCCCAUACUCUUGCAGAAUAUCCAUAGCACAUCUUCGCGUAGUAUGUCUUCCACAAGAUAGCCGGUGUUAUCAGGGUCCGUGGUGAAACAACCCCUGAUCGCUCGGUAGCCCCACAACUCUGGAAAGCACAUGGGCUACCAGCAUGGCCGACCACGCAUCGUCCAGCACGGCCAGCGCCCAGGGCCUCUUCUCCCGCCGCCCCUCGUUUUUCGGCGGAAAGAGCAAGGGACACAAGCAAACCCCCUCGACCCUCGCGCCGCCCUCGCUCAAUAUCACUCCCGCGGCCAACACCGGGCUAAAGACACCCCCUCUCGACGCCGACCAAUACGAGUUUCCCGCCAGACUCGCAGCGACGCCACCGCGACGCAGGCACGCCAGCAGCAGGCACAGCAUCGCCUCGUCCGUCACCGAUCUCGGGUCCCAGCUGCGGAGGUCACGGUCCGCCUCGCUUCGAACAAACACAUCCGACGGCACGGCCAAGACAUCGUCCUCGCAUAAGAGGACCCCCUCGGCCACCCUGGCACUCACCUACUCCCCCGAGAAGGCGCCCGUGCCUGGUAGUGUGACGAAUGCCUCGCGGCCCGCCCUCUCCAUCUCCACCUUCUCGCGCAACAAGCAAAAAAGCAGCGAGAACGUAAAGACGGAGAGUGGUGGUGUACAACCCCAACCCCAACCCCAGGUCUACGAGAAGAGCCCCCUCAGCGCCGUCGACAAGCCCAAGACACCCUUCGGUAACAUGGCUGUCCCGAUCCCGCUGCGGCAUCCUCCCUCCCAGAAGGAGAUCCUCCAGGCAAACCAGCAGUCCAACCGCACAUUAGCUCCCGCAGCCCCCAUCCCCGUCCCCAAUGGCUCCAACCCCAACCUCGUCUUCCAGCACAUCCACGAGCUCGCCUCAAAACGGAUAUCCACCCUCGACUACCUGCGGAAAGCCCACGAAGGACGCAUCUACUGGUUCAACACGCUCCUCUUCUCCAAGACCGACCUCACGCGCCUCCCCUCCUUCACAACGCGCAACCAAGCCCGUCGCGCAACCCACUACCUCCUCCUCGGCUUCUCCCUCCCCACCAUCCUCGAUCUAAACGCCAAUUCCCCGUCCGACUACCUCAAAGCCCUCAACGCCUUGCUGCUAGAAUUCGAACAAUACCAAUCCAUCCACCCCGCCGACGGCUCGACCCCCAGCUCCCUCUCCCGCGCCCGCCUCCCCCAGAUGUUCAAGCGCGCAAACAUGGGUAUGGGAAUGGGCAUGGGCAUGUCGAUGGGGAGUAAAGGCCGGCGGAGCAGUAGCGCGACUGGCGAUUUCCCGUUGCUGACGCCGAGUAAUAGUUUCACGGGGAGUGAAACAAGCGGUGGCAUGGGCGGAGGCUUUGACUCACCGCCUACAACGGACGAUUCCCUCCUCCCGAAUGAAAGCUACACGCAUCUCCAGACGCCGAGUUUACCCUUCGACCCCGAUUUCUUCAGCACGUUUGCCACGCUGUGCGAUGUCUUGAUUGAUUGCUACACGAAGAUAUUGAGUAUGCUUAGUACGCCAGAGAGUGUGGCGACUGCGGGCGGUGGCGUGCCGAGUUUAGUGGGUGAUUUGUUCAACAAGGCGGAUGCGAGGGUGAGGAAGAUUAUUCUCGCGGGUGUGGUGAGGGAGUUUGAGGAUAGUUGUCGGGCGGGACUUAAGAGUGAGGUUGGGGGUGUGGGCAAGGUUGUUCUGGGCGGGUUGAUGUAGGAGAUGAAAAGAGGAUGAUUUAUGCGGCGGGAUUAUGAUCUGGGAACUUUAUGAUAUCCAACAAGGUACACGGAUCGGCGUUCUUUUUCUUUCUGUACGUCUUCUUGCAUGGAGAUGGAGUUGGAUCUUAGAAUACGGCAUGAGAUAGCAUGAGAAGGGCAGAUAUGGAGAUA